AUGGGGCAGGAGGGGAGCCACAACGAGGGCAUGGACCUGGCAGAGAUUCAGGACCUGUGCAUCGUCUACAUGAGGGAGUGUCCCAGCGGAGCUCUGCACCUGCACGAGCUGAAGAGGAUCUUCGGAGUUCCCAGCAGCUCUGCAGAGGAGUCGCUCUACAUCGAGACGGUGUUUCACUCCUUUGACACAAACAAGGAUAACACGCUGGAUUUCAUGGAGUACGUGGCAGCUCUUCAUUUGAUCUUCAGAGGAAAUCUGGAGGACCGCCUCAAGUGGUCUUUCAAGAUGUACGACAAGGACGGAAACGGCAAGUUGGACCGACAGGAAGUGAAACACAUCAUCCGGAUUAUUUACAAAAUCAAGCUGCAGACGAGUGACGUCAGUUUGUCUCCGUCUGAGAUCUGUGACAGGAUCUUCGAUCUGGUCGACCAGAACCAUGACGGUCAGAUCACGCUGUCGGAGUUCAUGGAGGGAGCUCAGAAAGACGAGUGGGUCAUGAACUUGCUGAAGCUGGACGUCAACGCCACCGGCUGGGUCAUCCAGAACCGUGAGAAGGUACCGUGA